GCGGUCCCCUGAAUCACAAAGCCUGCGGGGAGGCGCACGGACAACACGGAGCUUCUUUCUACAGCUCCGAAUCCACUUGGUUUGGUUCCCAGUCACACCGGCACCUCGGGCCGCACAGACACGGAGUGGGAGUCCCCGUGUGUGACAUACAGACCUGUAUAUAUAUAUAUAUGUGUGUGUGUAUAGAGUGAGGGACACCCCAGCGCCUCAGCCUCCUCCUCCUGUCACCCCCGGGGAAGCGCCUUGUUGUACCGGACUCGCUGCAACUCAGCCGGGAUCAUUGGGAGGAGCCGCACAUGGGGGAGACAAGGGAUUUACACUGACCUACUGCUGCUGCUACUGGGGGAUAUAAUUGUGUCUAUAGGAGAAGAUCCCACCUGGGACCUGCUGGAGGUGAAUUAUUUCUGUGCAUCUAUCUGUGGAAAAUGGAAUUGCAAUUGGCUCUCCUGAUUGUGGGGAUAAUCACCUUCUCAGACUCAGCAAGAGGUCCCCCGCGCAUAUCUGACAAAGUGAUACACCGGCAGACAGUGAGGCUGGGAAGAGCCAUUAAACUUUUGUGUCCAGUAGAAGCGGACCCGCCUCCUCUUAUAAUGUGGAUGAAAGAUGGCCGUACUAUCCACAGCGGCUGGACGAGGUUUCGGGUUUACCAACAUGGGAUGAAGAUCAAAGACGUGGAAAGUGAAGAUGCAGGAAGUUAUAUCUGCAAGGCGACAAAUGGAUUUGGAAGUAUCAAUGUUAACUAUACACUUAUCGUAAUAGAUGACGCCAGCUCUGGAAAAACAAAUCAUGCUCCUGAUGGGCCCAAUACAGAAGUAGAAGAAUAUUCUAAUAAGCAGUGGGCCCGACCCCGGUUUACACAGCCAGCGAAAAUGAGGAAAAGAGUCAUUGCUAGGCCAUUGGGAAGCUCCGUACGACUGAAGUGCAUCGCAAGUGGAAAUCCCAGACCAGAUAUUACUUGGCUGAAAGACAACAAGCCGUUAACCUCUCAAGAGAUUGGGGAUAACAAGAAAAAAAAAUGGACCCUGAACCUGAAGAGCCUUAAGCCGGAGGACAGCGGGAAGUACACAUGCCAGGUUUAUAACAGGGUCGGACAGAUUAAUGCGACGUACAAAGUCGAAGUCAUCCGCACUUGUAUUUUUCCAGAGAGAACUCGAUCCAAGCCAAUACUCACAGGGAACCAUCCGGUUAACACCACUGUUGACUUUGGCGGCACAACGUCUUUCCAAUGUAAGGUGCGCAGUGAUGUGAAGCCGGUGAUCCAGUGGUUGAAGAGAGUUGAGUACGGCACAGAGAACAAGUACAAUUCCACCAUCGAUGUUGGCGGGCAGAAGUUUAUAGUGCUUCCUACAGGAGAAGUUUGGUCCAGACCUGAUGGCUCUUAUUUGAAUAAACUCAUUAUAACCCGCGCCAGAGAGGAAGAUGCUGGGAUGUAUAUUUGCCUUGGCGCUAACACAAUGGGCUACAGCUUCAAAAGUGCAUUUCUGACUGUGUUGCCAGACCCAAAGCCUCCCAUUGCACCUGUGGCCUCGUCAAACAGCAGUCUCCCGUGGCCAGUGAUUAUUGGAAUACCAGCUGGAGCCGUUUUUAUAUUUGGGACAAUUCUUCUUUGGCUCUGUCAGACGAAGAAGAAGCCAUGUUCUCCUCCAGCUGCAGCUGCCAUCCAUAGACAACCAGCAAGGGUAGCCAUACCACAAAUGCCUGACAAAGAAGGCAUCUCCUCUACAAACUAUGAUGAGUACCUUGCGCAGCAGCAGCAUUUACUAUCACAAGGACCUGUCUUAGCACCGGCCAUGUCAUCAAAAAUGUACCCAAAGAUUUAUACAGAUAUCCACAGUCACACACAUUCUCAUGUGGAGGCCAAAGUCCACCAGCACCAGCACAUUCAUUACCAGUGCUAAAUGCUGACCAAACUCAAGUGACUUAUAUUCUCUCACCGGUACCUCAGAAAGACUGCUUGGUUCAGCUUACACUGCCAGUAAACAUGGAUGAAAGAAUGUCAUAAAUAAUUUGAGAGCGACAAAGAGAAGAAAUAAUGAAGGAAAUUACAGCCCCCAGAUUAAAAAUGGGGCAUAUGUUUUAUUUGCUGUUUUAUAUGUGGGAGUUUGGUGUGAAGAAACAAUGUGUGCUAUGAAAGCAAAGGAGGAAUUAUUUGUUUGCUGUUCCACUUCAGGGUCAGUAAUUGCUUAAUGUUGCAUCAUUCUAUUGGUGCUUUUGGGGUUUGACCCUACUUUGAGGCCAUCCCUUAACACAAGGGUACCCAAACUUUUUUACCCAUCAGCCACACUCAAGUAUAAAAUAAUGUUGGAGAGCAACACAAGCCUGCAAAAAGUUCCCGGGGAUUCCAAAUAAGAGCUGUGAUUGGGUAUUGGUAGCGCCUAUGUGGACUUGCAGCCAACAGGAGGCUUUGUUUGGCAGUAUAGAUGUUUUUCAUGCAAUUAAAGGUUGCCCUUAAGCCAGGAAUUAAAAAAUAAGCACCUGCUUGGAGGCCACUGGGAGCAACAUCCAAGAGGUUGAAGAGCAACAUGUUGCUUACAAGCUACUGGUUGGGGAUCACUGCCUUAACAGAGUAGAACAGUUAGAUGGCCAGCACCAAAGGAGACAUGUUAGACUUGGAAAGGUGGAAUGGCUUUCAUACUGAAAGUUAUAGAUAUACAUUAGAUAUAAGCUAGCAUGAUUGCUUGAAAUAUGGAAAAUGUCUUGACAAUUGUUGUUCUUGGGGGUUCUUAAGCCCCUCAAAAGUGCCUGCUUCCAGUUAUGCACCACCAGCCAUAUUUAUGUUCAUACUCAUGUUGCUUCUCAAAGUCAACUUUGAUUGCAUUAUACAGUUCGUCAUCCAAGAAAAACAGGCAAUUCAAACAAAAGUGCUUGCGAGUACCAAUUGGUUGUAUUCCCUGUAUUUAAAUUGCUUAUUUCAAAAUAGUCAUAAUAAUAUUGUAAUAUUUGUCCGUCGAUAAGAGCAGUAGCGUCUCAGCAGCUUUGAAAGAUGAAUAUAGAAACCAUGUAAUUCUAUAUAGAGUUUAAACUAAAGCCAUGUAUAUUUAAUUUAUUUUGUUAAACAGAAAAAAAUAACGUCUAUGUAAAAUAUUAUUUUCAUCAACUGGUAAUUUGUAUAGAUAUUUUUGAGUGAAUAUAUAUAAGGUUCUGUAUUUUUUUUUUUCUGCUGUGACUCUUUAAAAAUGAACAAUGUAGUAGGCACGGGUGGCAAUUUAGAGACGCCUAUGGACUUCAUAAUGGGGCUUCUUCUGCAUCUAUGGGAAAGGGUCCGCAACUUUUCAGUCUUUAAAUUGCCACCUGAGCUGGAGUCGUGUUUUUGUGUACAUCUAAAAAAUUAUACAAAAUUUGUCCAACAAAUUAUUGACAAUCUUGUACAGUAAAAUCCCCCCCCCCCAAACUCUACCUACCAAUUCCCAAAGAUAUCUUUUUUAAACUUUUACAGAGGGAAAAAGACAAA